AUGGUUGUGUUUAUGAACGCCAAUGCUUUGUUGAUGGGAUCGCACAAAGAAGGCGGGAGGGUAUUGGGACACAAAGUCGACGACCUCGGUACCCAACUUCUUGACUGCCUCGGACUCGCUGGCCAGACGCUUGAAGUCGGCAAGCUUCUCCUUUGGAGUGGCUCCGGACUCCUGGGCUUUGAGAUCAAUGGCAAUCUUGAUGGCUUGGUCAAUGUAGUCUGCAACCUUGGCGAACUCUGGCUUGAGGAAACCUCUGGUAGUCAUGGCAGGAGUACCGAUUCUCAAUCCAGAUGGGAACAAAGCAGAAACGUCACCCGGAACGGUGUUCUUGUUGGCAGCGAUGUUGGCUCUCUCCAAAACAGCCUCAACUCUGGCACCGUCGAUGCCCUUGGAACGCAGGUCAAUGAGGAUCAAGUGGGUGUCGGUUCCGCCAGAAACAAGGUCGAGUCCCUUCUGCUUGAGCGAGUCAGCAAAAGAGGCUGCAUUGGAUACCACAUCAGACUGGUAUUGCUUGUAUUCUGGGGUGGUUGCCUGUUUAAGAGCAACAGAGAGAGCAGAGAUGGUGUGGUUGUGAGGACCACCUUGGUGGGCAGGGAACACAGAGAAGUUGAUCUUCUUCUCCAACUCGUAUGGGAUCUCCUUACCCUUCUUGGUGACCUUUCUGAUACCCUUUCUGAAGAAGAUCAUGGCACCUCUUGGGCCUCUAAGAGACUUGUGGGUGGUGGUGGUGACAAUGUCCGAAUAUGGGAAUGGAGAGUCGGUGACACCAGCAGCAACCAGCCCGGAGAUGUGGGCCAUAUCAGACAUCAAGUAGGCUCCGACCUUGUCGGCGAUCUGCUUCAUUCUGGCGUAAUCCACGGUUCUGGCGUAGGCAGAGGCACCAGCCACAAUGACCUUUGGUCUGAACAGCACGGCGGUCUUUUCCAGAGUGUCGUAGUCGAUCAAACCGGUCUUCUCGUCCAGUCUAUAUGGCAUGGUCUGGAAGUACUUGGAGAUGUACGAAAUCUUGGUGGUUGGGGUUUGGUAACCGUGAGACAAAUGGCCUCCAUGAGGCAAGUCCAGACCCAUCAGUCUGUCACCAACCUCCAGGAUGGCGGAGUAGGUGUAAAGGUUGGCUGGGGCACCAGACAAAGGCUGGACGUUGACUCCCCAUUGGGCAGGGUCCAAACCAAACGCCUUGAGCGCUCUUUGUUGACACAAGCUCUCGGCCAUGUCGAUGAACUGGUUACCACCGUAGUAUCUCUCGCCUGGGAUGUGGCUGCGCAGCUGCGCACACAGCGACGCGAGCAGUGCGCGAGUUCGCGACGAGGACCCAUGGCAGACUUUGUGUUGAAACAAGAGGAGCGGCGUGCGAUGCGGCUGUUGGAGCGACAGGCGCAGCAGGCCGAGCGGCUGGCGAUGAACGAUCUCGACCGGUUUCUGGAGCAGCACGAGUCGGAGCGAGACUACGACGCGGACGAGGAGGAGAACACGCAGGAGGACCGGCCGGACGGGCUGGCGCGCACUGUUUCUGCGGAGCGAGCGCUUGAGUACGAAUUGGAGCAAAUGCUUGCGCUGGAGCAGGCCGAGCUGGAGGAACUGACACGAACGCUAAACUUGCGCGAUGACGACGACACGACACAGAACCACGCAGCAGCACAGUAA